AUGAAGUACUCAUCACUCAUCACCCUCCUCAGCCUUUCGGCAGCAACUGUAAUGGCUCUUCCCAGUCCUGUACGGCCGGUCGCUCCCCGCGCCGAAUCUGACAGCUGUGCCCCUAAAUCGAUCACCAACUCCAACACUUGCGUUGCGGCCCAGAAGCUAGCGGACGGAAUCGACGAGAAUAUAGCAGUGCAAAAGCAGGAGCAAUCCGAUGUAGCAGCAAUCAAGAAAAUCGUUGGCACCUCCAAUAUCGACCAAGCCAAAUUCCAGUCAGUCAAGGAGAAGCUUCUCCGCACUGUGAACAAAGGCAUAUCCGUAAGGGAAAGCAACCAGAAGAUGGCGCCGCCGGGGAAUAACGCGAUUACGGGGUUAAGAACCGUUGCCAACGCCCAAAAGAAAGAGUUAUCCCAAGCAGAAAGCUUGGAAGGCACAGCGUCAGACUUGGAUAUCAUAUCAAAUUUACAAACUGAAUUUUCCGGAGGAAUUGAACAGAACAAGAAGAAUAAAGAAGCGGCAUUAGAUUGUUGCACGUAG